AUGUGUUUCCUAUGCAGCCAUGGAAAAAAAGGGGGAUUCGAAAACACAGCCAUAGGAACGUGGUCCAAGGGAGUCAGCCUGAUCUUCUGCUCGUCCAUAUUUCUGCUACAUUUCGUGAACGAAGAUGAGCUGAGCGUGCUAAACAAGGCAGCGGCUGACGGCGAAAACAAAAUGAUAUACUACCUAAGCAUAUAUAACCUAAUCGGAGCAGCGGCCUUGUCUCUUUUUUCUUUAUUAGGGCAUUUCAUUUAUAAGCCUCUUUUGCGACCCAUAUAUUUAUGCUCCUUUAUAGUGUCCCUAUUUUUAAUUGCCUCUGGAGUUUACACCACCUCGAUAAGCAAAAAUACGUCUUUGAAAAUUAUAGGAAUAAUGGAUGCUUUGAAGUUCCACCCAGAUUAUAUGCUUCUAAAUAAAAUAAAUAAUUUAGACGCAGCCGGGAGUUCUACAGUUAUCCAAGCAGCAGAUAGUAUGACUCUAUCAGCCGCGAGUGAAGACAUGAGUGACUUUCCAGAUACAUCAACAUUUGAUGCAUCAAAAGUUUUAGAAAUGAUAAAAGAUCGUCAAUCUUUUUUGGAAACUAAAAAGGAAUUAUUGUUGAAAAAGUUAACUAAGGAAGAUUUAGUGAAAAUGUUUACUAGCAUAAGAGAGUCGGACCCCAAUGUGCACAAAAAUUUAGUGGAAAAUGCAUUGCUUGAAUUGUAUGAAAAAUUAAAAACUGUUCGUCUUAAGUUCGAUCUUUAUGAUAAGUUUUACAAGUUUAUGGAAAACAACUCUGCUCCUUUUAUAUCUAGCUCGGAAAAAAUAAAAAAGUUUACAGAAAAAUUUCAGCAAUUUUUUGACCAUUAUAAUAAAUCCCUUUUUAAUAAUUUAAAAUAUGACUUGGUGAAACAUGAAAAUGAAAUUAUUAAAAUAUAUUCAGACUCUAUUGAGAAGAUUAAAAAUGUGAAUGCUAAGAAUGCUAGUGCUAAGCUGGAUGAUUAUAUAGACGAUUUGCAGAAAAGGAAUAUCCUCAUUUUAGCAUCCUCUCUCUUGAUGAUGUCUUUCAUUUAUAUUCACAAAGGAGCCACGCUGACGUCUACCAGUUCCAUUGCGAUUACUUUGAUGUACGUCCCCUCGAUGUCCUACCUGAUCACCCUGGCGUGCAUCUUCGUCUGCAGCGGCAUCUUCUUCUUUUCUAUCAUAGGAUUAGUCCUCUACGUCUUCAGCCUGAUACUCAUUUUUUUCUUAAUAUUUUCCCAGUGUUUCUGCGAACGCAUAUUUAAGUUUUUCAUGGGGUUUAUAUUCUUAGGUUUAUUUUUUUUUUGUUUUUUAAUUGGCUACAUUUUAAUCGAAGACUUCAACGAAGGGUCCAAAGUUUACAAGGAGUACAAGCAGAAUGACUACAACGACUUCUAUUGGGUCUUGCUGAACAAAAGGACUUACGAGCAUUUUAAAAGCUUUGUUUUGUUUUCUAAUGGCCAAAUAUUUUUAUUUUUAAUGUCUUGCAUUUGUUUAUGA